AGAUGAUUCUGUGAUGCUACAUCGUAACACAUCGUCGAGACGACGCCGAGCGUCGCGCAGCGCUGCCAACUCGCCUCAGGGUAAUCCGACUCCGGUAUCACCUGCUGGCACGAGAGGCCGUCGUGCAUCCGUAGCAGCGGAGAGACCGACGGCUCUGGCGACCCUCUCAGACAACGGGAGCCUUUCCGAAAAAUCACCCAGAGGCAGUAUUGUGCCCGAUAUUGCUCUCGAGGAUGAGGACACCGCGGAUGCAUCCCAGGAGACGGUCUGUCAAAGAAUUGCCUCGGACAUCGAUAUGGGAAAAUCGUCACGUGACAGUCAGCUUCUGCAACCAGAGCCAAAUAGAAGUCUGAGAAACUCCCCGAUACCUGAUGACUACUCAAGGAGUUCUCGCAGCUCUUCGAUUUGUGAAGCGAAUCGCAACCCGCGAAACAGCUUGACGGCGGAAGCGAGUCGUUCUCCGAGGAACAGCUUUGCCCUCGAUGCAACGAUCGGCCGGAGUCCGAGACACUCCCUUACACCCGAUGUUGCCCCGAGUGCGAGGAAUCCUUUUGCGUCAGAUUCUGCGCGGCUCGGCUACGAUAAGAGUCCGAGAAACAGUUUGGUAUCCGAAGUGAACCGGGGGAAACGCAACGUCGCGUUACCGGUCGAUGCUAUAGCGCAGGGAGCGAGGAAUUCGAUUUUGUUUUCAGAAAUCAGCGCCUACACCCCAAGUUCCAGACACUCCCUCGCCUCCGAUGUCGAGCCUGAUCCCCGCGGUAGUGUCGCAAACCUCGAAUACGAUCCAAGUUCUCCAGAAUCGCGGACGACACCGCGGAGCAAUGCCGGACUUCCGGUAGACACAAGACGGAGCCCACGCAGCUCUGCUGUCCAUGAAUCGAUCAACCGAAGCCCGCGCGGUUCCAUAACCCCAGAACCGAAUCGUUUUCCCAGGGGCUCGAUUUGUCCCGAAUCGAAUCGCAGCCCGAGAGGAUCAAUCGUCGGUCCUCACGAAUCGAACAGAUCGCCGAGAGGAAGCAUAGCGGUUGGUCAAGUCGAUAGAAAUCAAAUCGAGACUGAUAACAGAAGUCCCAGGGGGAGCAUAGGCACACGGGAUGCCGAAAGGAAUAACAGGGGUAGCCUUGGCGGAUCUCAGGAUCGAAGGAGUCCCAGAGGCAGCCUCACCUUUCUCGAACCUCGCAGAGCUUCGGCAGACCAUGGAACAUCUCGGACCAGAAGCACCUCACCUUAUCGUCAAAAUGAACGCCAGGUUAACGCUGCCGGUAACCCAAGGUGCAUCGGAAAUUACGGAGCUCAAGUGAACCUGGGUUACGGAACGAACGCCUGGGCGGAUUCCAGGAGAGCGAGUAGCUCUGUAUCACAGUUUUCUGGUGAUGAAUCCCGUCGGCUCUGCGGAGGCGUGUCGAGCAUUACGGAAAAGGGUAUCAUAGACCCCGACAGCCUGGCCGUUGCGACCUACGGUUCACUGGCUUUUCAGUUGAAGGAUGCUCACCUUGAGGCUAGUAGCACCUGCGACUUUGUUUCGAGAGCACUGGAUGUCAUCGGUAAGACGUUGGGCGUCACGAUUUGUUUGGCUUGCUUGUCGGCCAUGCCUCCCGUCAUGCUGAUCAUGGGUCUGCAGUUCAUACGAGAUUGUCCAAGGGAGCCUCACAUACCGGUAUACAUGGUCGUUGGCGGUACUUUGGGUGGCGUGCGUAUGCUAUGGACUCUCUACGUCCAAAUUUGCUCCAGGAGGCCGGAGAUUCUCAGUGUUCCCGAAACUGGACCACACAUGUCGCCGACGAGACUCGCUUCCCUCGCGUUAUCCGGUUUCUUGGCCGCAUGGUUCGUGAUGGGCAAUUUUUGGAUUUUGAAUAUAAAGUGGCCAGACUACGCCCCUACCUUGUUCGAGCCAAACCGUUGGUGCGACAAGUCUCUUUACAUCUUCUCGCUGGUUCAUCUUUGCAUCGUUUACGCAGCCCUGGUGGCCAUCUUACUGGCUGCCGCAGCCCUGGCCGUAUGCCGAUUUCUCUCUUGUCCUUGGCCAGACAGAUACAAAUAACCACACCGAUCCCGGCGCUUAAUGGAAGAUCGGAGAGCGAGUGCUGCGGGUAGAAUGGGAAAACAGACGCAGAACUUUUCAAAGAAUCAAACCCUGACGGGGGUGAAAGAGUCGGGG